AUGCCGCCGCCGAUGGAGUUCGCCGUCGACGACCUUGAAGAGCUCGAGAGUCGCAUCGACAAUUUCCUUAAGCGCUUCCACUCCGACGACCUCCGCCGCAUCCUGCUCCCCGACCCCGACGGCAAGCUCCAUUUCCCCCUCGUCAUCGACUUUGCGGAGCUCCUGGAUUUCGACCCCGAGGUCGCCCACAUACUCUACGACUACCCCAAAGACGUGCUCGAGUUGUUCGACGCCGCCGCGCAACGCGCCCUCGACAAAUUCGAUGCCGCCGCUCGACGAGACAAGAGCAAGCCGGGCGACGAGCCAAUUGAGAAGAAGUUCGUGCACGUGCGCGUCAACACCUCUGGGUCGCCACUCGAAUGCCCUGAAGCGUGCCCGAGCAUUGGGAAGGUGAGGGUGAAGCACAGAGGGACUCUGCUCACUUUGAAGGGAACUGUGAUCAGAUCUGGUAGUGUGAAGAUGAUCGAAGGCGAAAGGACGUACGAGUGCAGAAAGUGCAAGUACAGGUUCACAGUUCACCCUGAGCUUGAGGCUGGGAAUCGUAUAACUCUUCCUGCAUCUUGCAAGUCCAAGAGUUCAAAAGGUUGUGGAGGUGGCACUUUCCAAUUCAUACAAGAUACCAUAAUCUGUCAUGAUUAUCAAGAAAUAAAAAUCCAAGAAAAUAUACAACUUUUGGGCGUUGGGUCUAUACCCCGUUCAAUGCCUGUAAUUCUGAUGGAUGAUCUUGUUGAUAUUGUGAAAGCUGGUGAUGAUGUUGUUGUUACGGGCAGAUUAUCCGCAAAAUGGUCUCCCGACAUUAAGGAUGUCCGUUCAAACCUUGAUCCUAUGCUGAUUGCCAACUUUGUGAGGAGAACCAAUGAGCUGAAGUCUGAUCUGGACAUACCUGUUGAAAUUAUCAACACGUUUGAGGAAUUCUGGGCAGCUUCCAGAGCUACACCACUAAAAGGUAGAAAUUCUAUUUUGAAAGGCAUCUGUCCUCAAAUUUUUGGGUUAUUCACAGUGAAGCUUGCAGUUGCUCUUACAUUGAUUGGAGGGGUGCAGCGUGUUGAUGCUUCAGGAACAAAGGUUCGUGGAGAACCACAUAUGCUUCUUGUUGGUGAUCCAGGCACUGGCAAAUCUCAGUUUCUGAAGUUUGCUGCUAAACUGAGCAACCGUUCGGUGAUUACAACUGGUCUUGGAAGCACCAGUGCUGGUUUAACUGUCACAGCAGUCAAGGAUGGAGGAGAAUGGAUGCUUGAGGCUGGUGCUCUUGUUCUUGCUGAUGGUGGUCUCUGCUGCAUUGAUGAAUUUGAUAGUAUGCGAGAGCAUGACAGGACAACAAUACAUGAAGCCAUGGAGCAACAAACAAUAAGCAUUGCAAAGGCAGGACUAGUGACAACACUCAGCACAAGGACUACGGUGUUUGGUGCCACUAAUCCAAAAGGACAAUACGAUCCAAAUGAAUCCUUAUCUGUGAAUACAACGUUGUCAGGACCAUUAUUGAGUAGAUUUGAUAUAGUUCUUGUUCUCUUGGAUAAAAAGGACAGAGACUGGGAUGAAAUAGUUUCAUCUCAUAUAUUAGCUGAGAACACUGAAGAAAAGAAAGGCAAGACAGGUGAUGCGGAAGUAAUGUGGACGCUGUCCAUGUUGAGAAGGUAUAUUCACUAUGUGAAGCAGCAGUUCAAACCUGUGCUAACAAAGGAGGCAGAAAUAGUUAUCUCUAGUUAUUAUCAGCAUCAGCGGCAAUCAGGAGCUCGGAAUGCAGCAAGGACAACUGUGCGCAUGCUUGAGAGUUUGAUAAGGCUAGCACAAGCACAUGCAAGACUAAUGUUCAGAAAUGAGGUCACGAAACUUGAUGCUAUCGCUGCCAUAUUAUGCAUCGAAUCCUCCAUGACAACAUCUGCAAUAGUAGAUACUGCCGGGAAUGCUCUGCAAUCAAAUUUUACAGAGAACCCUGACCAGGAAUAUAUCAAGCAGGAGAAGAAAAUUCUUACGCAACUAGGAGUAAUCGAAAACUCCCCGUUGUUGUAAAACAACAAUGAAUCAAGUGAUAUAACAAGGAAACAUGUGUUGUGCACUAGAUUACUACGAUCUGUCUGGCUCUACCAGGUAACGGUAUUGGAAUUGUAACCUAUUGUUUUAGAUCAAUGCACCGGGACCUGCAAAUCUGAAAUAGCAACUAAAAAGGUUUUCUUGUUUGUGUUGGUGGCUUUUCACUGUCUCUCGAAUCGUGGCACUUUUCUUUUUAGUUGGAAGGUAAGCCAACCAGGUCUAUUUUUCUGUAGCUACUUUUUUGUCACCACAGUGAGGACAUUUGCAGUUCAUCCGUGAAAAAUAUUAAAUAGAGAGAAAUUCUAUAAUCUAUUGUAUAUUAUACUGAUUCUUGUGGGUGUAUAUAUAGCAUAAAUAGGAGAUAGAAACUUGGUGUACAAGCCAAAUA